AUGGAUGUUCAUAUGUAUGAAGAUUCUGUUUCUUUUUUUAACAGGCGUUGGGGUCGAUGACAUGUUUAUCAUGAUUUCUGCCUGGCAGAAGACCAACCUCAUGGAUAGCAUAAAAGAACGGAUGUCCAAUGUCUAUUCAAAAGUGGCAGUGUCCAUUACAAUCACCACCAUCACCAACAUCCUGGCCUUCUAUACAGGAAUUAUGACCUCUUUCAGGUCCGUACAAUACUUCUGCAUCUAUACAGGAACAACCCUUCUCUUUUGUUAUUUUUAUAACAUCACCUGUUUUGGAGCAUUUAUGGCCCUGGAUGGUAAUAGAGAAGUAGUUUGUCUAUGCUGGUUGCAGAAACCAGAAACUCCUGACCAAAAAUGUUCCUCGUUAAAAAAGCCCUGCGGCCUCCCAUGUAAUUCUCUCCGAGACAAACAUAAAGCUGAUAUCCGCCCAAUGAAUUUGUUCUUUAGAGACUAUUUUGGUCCUUUUCUCACAAGCACUGAGUCCAUUUUUGUAGUGCUUAUAUACAUUUUGUACAUCAUAAGUAGUAUAUAUGGGUGUUUCCAAGUGCAGAAAGGUUUAGACCUCUGAAAUUUGGCAAGUGAUGACUCCUACAUCACACCGUAUUUUAAUGUAGAAGAAGAACAUUUUUCAACUUAUGGUCCCAGGGUUAUGCUUAUUGUUACUGAAGCUCUUGACUGUUGGGAAGGAGAUGCUAGGCAAAAAUUGGAAAAAUGUCUUGUAGAUUUUGAAAACAGUGACUAUGUAGAUUAAAAUCUUACAGAGUUUUGA